CCACCUGGUGGGUAGUUUCCAUGUCUGACAGAAAGAAACAUUUUGUAGUAGUUACGACGGUACAAGUUGUUUACGGCAGUGCCGGUUUUCAGGCUUAAAUUAAAGAUGGCUGCCGCGCAGGCUGAGAGUGACGGUGCUGCGGUUGGAAAUAAACAAAACGAAGAAAUGUGCGAUGAAAAUCCACAGACAAGCAGCGCAGAGCCUUCGGGAAAUACCGCGGAACAGAAGCCCGUGUGUCUCAUUGUGCUUGGAAUGGCAGGUUCCGGCAAAACUACUUUCGUUCAGAGACUCACAGCUUAUCUGCACUCCAAGAAAAGUCCACCGUAUGUCAUUAACCUGGACCCUGCGGUUCACGAGGUUCCGUUUCCGGCCAACAUCGAUAUAAGAGACACUGUAAACUACAAGGAAGUGAUGAAACAAUAUGGUUUGGGGCCGAACGGAGGAAUUGUCACGUCUCUGAACCUGUUUGCGACGAGAUUUGAUCAGGUGAUGAAGUUUAUUGAGAAGAAGCAGCAGAAUCAUCAGUUUGUUCUAAUCGACACUCCAGGACAGAUCGAGGUGUUCACCUGGUCUGCAUCAGGAACCAUCAUAACUGAGGCUCUGGCCUCGUCUUUUCCGUGUGUGGUGAUGUACGUGAUGGACACGUCUCGCAGUGUGAACCCGGUCACCUUCAUGUCCAACAUGCUGUACGCCUGCAGCAUUCUGUACAAAACCAAACUUCCCUUCAUCGUGGUCAUGAACAAGACAGAUAUAAUCGAUCACCGAUUUGCAGUGGAGUGGAUGCAGGACUUUGAAGUUUUUCAGGACGCACUGAACCAGGAGACAUCAUAUGUCAGUAACCUCACACGCUCCAUGAGUCUAGUUCUGGACGAAUUCUACACAAACCUGCGUGUUGUUGGUGUGUCAGCUGUAACAGGUUCCGGACUGGAUGAACUCUUUGUUCAAGUCUCGGAUGCUGCUAAAGAGUACGAGACAGAGUAUCGUCCUGAAUACGAGCGUCUGCAUAAAGAGCUGACUGAUGCUCAAAGUAAAAAACAGCAGGAACAGCUGGAACGCCUUCGUAAAGACAUGGGAGAGGUUUCUAUGGAAACAGGUGUGAAACCAGAUGUUCCUGACCUCAGCACCCCCAGUGACCUGAUCUUCACUCGUGGGAACCCAGAUGAGGAAGAGGAGGACAUGGACAGUGACACGGAUGACAUCGAUCACCAUGUUACAGAGGAGAGUAAAGAGGGCGUGUCGUUCAAAAACUUCCUGAAGGAGAGAAAGGAAAUGGUGCAGGUGCGAAACAGGAAGUCAAGUGACACCAGAAGGAAGUGCGAGGUCACCGGUUCACUUAAUUCCCCUGACCUUUGAACUCUGUACACCUCUAUAUUUAUGCAUUUUCCAUUCGCUGGUUGGUUCUGUGAUGGAACGCAGAGUUUGAGCUCUGAGACAGUGUGGAGGAAUAUAAAAUAUUUUUAUACACACACACACACACACACACACACUCUGUCUCUGAGCUGUAGGAGGUUUAAUUCAGCAGUUCGCAUUCAUGAACCCAGCUGUGUGAGUUCCUUUGUGUGUGUGUGUGUGUGUGUGUGUGUGUGUGUGUGUGUGUGUGUGUGUGUGUGUGUGAGAGAGACGAUCUGUCCUCCCUCCAUCCGUCUGUUCCUCUUCAAGGUCCAAAUGUGUUAAAUAUCACUGUCACUCACUCAGUGCCUACCCCUGAGAGAAACACGAGGGCACACACACCCUCUCGCUCUUUCACUUUGUCUUAAGCAUCAAAGUAUUGGCACCCUCAAAAUGUGCUAAAAGGCCUGUAAAUAUUAAACUGUACACACAAUUGCUAAAAAAUUGUACAAAUCAAACUGCAGGAAUCAUUUGUGUGUGAAAACAUUCAAAAUGCGAAAAUCUCAAUCAAUUAUCAAACAGGAGAUGGAAGUGGAUGUGCUCUUUAUUAUUUUCUUGCAUUUGUAUACAUUGAUAUCUUCAUCAUGUGUGCUGUUUUGGAGGAUUUGAGGAGGUCUGGCUCCUGGCCACAUGCUUUGACCUUUUAAUGAAAUGAAGCCAAACAUGCAAAUCCAAAUCAACCGA